AUGACUGUCGCGCAACUGACUGCCGACGUGGAGCGCUUCCGGGCAGCGCUGUCGCGGGCUGAGGUGCGCAACCGGGAGCUGGAGGCGCAACUUGCCGAAGUGCAAAGCCAGCUGGCGGCGUCGCGCACCGACAGCAGACUCGACACGGAGGGCCUGACAAAGGCGGUUGCGGCGGCGCAGGCGCGCCAGGUUGCGGCGGAAGAGCGGGCGGCGACGCUCGAGGACGAGCUGCGGACCGCGACGCAGGCCGGGCAGAUCGCACCGGCACAGGAGGUUCAGCUGAGCGAGCUCGGUGCGCGCGUGCAGCAGUUGGAGUCGGCGCUGCAGCAGCACGCGGCCGCGCUUCGGGCGUCGGAGGCACGGGAGCGGCUGACGGCGGACACGCUACAGCAAGCGCUGGCAGGCAAGGAGGAGCAGCUGGCAGGCGUCAGCAAGGAGGCGGAGUCGCUUUUAGAGGCUUUGAGGGUGACGGUUGAUGACGCCGAGAAGGAGCGGGAGGUAAUCCGGAAACUCGGCAAAGUGGAGGGGCGGCUACACGAAGAGCGGAAGAAGAGCGCGCGGGCGCGGGAUGCGAGCGCGGCCCGCGUCGCGGAGCUACUCACGAAGGUUGCGGCGGUAGAAGACGAGAAUGCAGAGGUGAAGCGGGAGCUGGAGGGGAGGAUUGGGGAGCGUGAGACCGCGGCCGCGGAGGCGCGCGCGCGGAUCGCGCUGCUCGAGGACGAGAGCGCGCGCUGGAGGCGGGGGAUAGCAGAGAAGACGGCAACGGGCAAGCGGGCAGCUGCAGAGGCGGGGGCGGAGAUCGCGGCGCUCAAGCAGACGAAUGGACGGCUGACGCGCGAGCUGAAAGAAGCUCAGGGUGUGGUGCCGGAGGCGUUGUUGCAAAUUGAGAAGCUGGAGGGUCAGCUGGCGGCGCGGGGGGUGGAGGUGGAGAAGAGUAGCGGCAGCGAGGAGAAGGCGGCCGCGGAGGCGAGCGAGACGAUUGCGACACUGAAGGCGGAACUCGCGGGGCGGGCGGCAGAAGCGGAGAGGCUGAGCGAGGAGCGGACGGCGUGGGUUGAGGAGCUGGAGGGGAGGAAGAGUGCAAUGAAUGCGCAUGAAAGCGCGGGAGUUGCUUGGGAGAAGGAGACGGCCGACAAGGAGAAGGAGAUUUGUGCCCUCACUGU